AUGGUAAUCAGGGAAGACUUCUUGCAGGCAGCAACAGAGAAUCUGGGGCCAGAAGAUGAGGAAGACAGCAGCAAGUACAGAGACAAGCAUGUGGAAGAGUAUUUUAUCAAUCAGCUGAAAUUAGAAGGAACCGAACAUCUCCCUUGCCGCGUAACCAACGAAAUCACGAGCAACAGUCGCUACGAGGUGUACACACGAGGAGGGGUCAUAUUUGCCACAAGUCGAAUACUUGUAGUUGAUUUCUUGACCGACAGAAUACCUUCAGAUUUAAUAACGGGCAUCCUGGUGUACCGAGCCCACCGAAUCAUCGAGUCAUGUCAGGAAGCCUUCAUCCUGCGCCUCUUCCGCCAGAAAAACAAGCGCGGUUUCAUCAAAGCGUUCACAGACAAUGCCAUCGCCUUCGACACCGGCUUUUGUCACGUGGAGAGAGUGAUGAGAAACCUUUUUGUGAGGAAGCUGUAUCUGUGGCCGAGGUUCCACGUGGCUGUCAACUCGUUUUUAGAGCAGCACAAACCAGAAGUGGUGGAAAUUCAUGUUGCCAUGACACCUGCCAUGCGGGCCAUCCAGACAGCCAUCCUGGACAUUUUAAACGCCUGUCUGAAGGAGCUGAAAUGCCACAACCCAUCACUGGAAGUGGAAGACUUGUCUUUAGAAAAUGCUAUCGGGAAGCCUUUUGACAAGACAAUCCGCCAUUACCUGGACCCUUUGUGGCACCAGCUUGGAGCCAAGACAAAGUCCUUGGUCCAGGACCUGAAGAUACUCCGGACCUUGCUGCUGUACCUCUGCCAGUACGACUGCGUCACCUUUCUUAACCUUCUGGAAUCUCUGAGAGCCACGGAAAAGGCUUUUGGUCAGAAUUCAGGUUGGCUGUUUCUUGACUCCAGUACUUCAAUGUUUGUAAAUGCCCGAGCCAGGGUUUAUAAUAUUCCAGACUCCAAAAUGAGCAAAAAAGGCAAAAAGUCUGAGAAAAUGGAGAAUAAAGAAGGUCAAGAAACAAAGAAGGAACUGGUGCUUGAAAGCAAUCCCAAGUGGGAAGCCCUUUCGGAAGUGCUGAAAGAGAUCGAAGCAGAAAAUAAGGAGAGCGAGGCCCUGGGAGGCCCAGGGCAGGUGCUGAUCUGCGCCGCUGACGACCGCACCUGCGCCCAGCUGCGCGGCUACCUGGCGUCAGGCGCCCAGGCCUUCCUGCUGCAGCUCUACCGGAGAACCUUCGAGAAGGACGGCAAGGCCGAGGCAGUGUGGACAGAGUUCGGGAAGGCGGGCAGUUCAAAGAGAAAUCCGAAAUCGGGCAAGAGACCCAGGGUCCCGCCCAAGCGAGGCCCGGCCCCCGCGGGAGACAGGGCGGCGCGGAGGAAGCGCUACGGGGUCCUCCGCGAGCCGCUGGCGGUGCUGCACCCGCUGCUGGGCUGCGGCGACCCCUACGCGCUGACGCGGACGCUGCACGAGCUGGAGCCCCGCUACGUGGUCCUCUACGACGCCGAGCUCGCCUUCGUCCGCCAGCUCGAGGUCUACCGGGCCAGCCGGCCGGGGAGGCCCAUGAGGGUUUACUUCCUUAUAUAUGGGGGUUCCACGGAGGAGCAGCGCUACCUCACCACCCUUCGGAAAGAAAAGGAAGCCUUUGAAAAACUUAUCAGGGAAAAGGCUAGCAUGGUUGUCCCUGAAGAAAGAGAAGGCAGAGAUGAAAGCAACCUGGACCUGAUGCGAGGCCAAGCGUCCAUGGGCGAUGCCAUCGACACUCGCAGAGCUGGUGGCCAGGAGCCGGGCACCGAGGCGGCCCGCGUGGUGGUGGACCUGCGCGAGUUCCGCAGCGAGCUGCCCGCGCUGCUGCACCGGCGCGGCCUGGACCUGGAGCCGGUGACCCUGGCAGUGGGUGACUACGUGCUGAGCCCGGAGCUGUGCGUGGAGCGCAAGAGCAUGGGUGACCUGGCGGCCUCGCUGGGCAGCGGGCGGCUCUACGCGCAGUGCCAGGCCAUGGCGCGCUACUACCGCCGCCCCCUGCUGCUGGUGGAGCUGGAUGCGCGCAGGCCCGGCCCGCUGCUCCCGGACGUGGGCUCCCGGCUGGUGCUGCUCACGCUGCACUUCCCGCGGUUGCGGCUGCUCUGGUGCCCGUCCCCGCACGCCGCGGCCGAGCUCCUGGAGGAGUUGAAACGGGGCCGGGCCCAGCCCGACGCGGCCGCCGCCGCCGCAAUCAGCGCUGACUCGGAGCCGCUGCCCGACUCGGAGCGCUACAACCCGGGGCCGCAGGACUUCCUGAUGCGGAUGCCGGGGGUGAGCGCCAAGAACUGCCGCUCGCUCAUGCGACAGGUGCACAGCCUUGCCGAGCUGGCCACCCUCCCACAGGAGCGGCUGGCCGCCAUCCUGGGCCACGCAGGCAACGCCCGCCAGCUGUUCGAGUUCAUCCACACGCCCUACCCAGGCCCGGGGCCCACCGCGGGGAGGCAGAGGACCUGAGCAUGCGCCCUGGUGGCCCCAGGGGGGAGGCCCCGUGGUCCUGUGAAGGCUGCCCAGGCAGCCAGCUGCACAGGGCUCGCCUCCCAUCCUCCAGGCGCUUCUGCAAAGCCCGGGCUCCUUCCUCCCGGCAUUUCUGUCUGGUCAGUGUCCAGGCCCGGCUGCUGAGCCCCACUUCUGAAUUGAGCUGUGUCAGGGUGUCCACACGUCCUGCACUCUCCCACAUACCCAGUGUUCCCCCUCGCCAUCCACAUGGCCUGCUGACCCCAGGAGGAGCCUCCAGACCAGCUCUGCGCACGUUUCCUCCAGCUUCAGUGCCUUCCACCUGUGUCAGGUUGGACUUAACGAUACUCACUUCAAACCACAUCUAAAGCCGGGUAGGUGGCUCACACCUGUAGUCCCAGCUACUCAGGAAGCUGUGAUCUUUGGAUCCAGUUCAGAA